CAAAAAGUAUGGCAGGUGUCAAGCGGUUCGUGAGGAAUGACCGGUUGUACACGGUGGUCUGACUUGAUUUAAUUACGGCCGAGGAAGGGCGAGAUGUCUUCGGGCGCCAGGAAAUCGCCGCGGAUCGAAGAUUUAAUCUCCACGGAGGAUGAUACCUUGGGAUCCUCCAUAAGUCUAAGCGUCGGGGAGAACUCGGUGCGAAUUAAAGAGAAACCUAAAGCUACCAAGAAAGCCGAACAGUUAUCGGCCGACAGGAAAGAUGUGCCGGAUAAGUGGUGGUUGAAGAGGCCUGAAACACGUCUGGGUGUCCUGAGUGCCAAGAGCGCGGAUGCGAAGACCAAGCAGUCUCCUACUCCUUCGCCGGAUGUCAGCUCUUCUAUGAAAGACUUCCUCGAGAAAGAGAGGAUGUGCAAGGCAGUAUCGAAAAGCGAAGGAGAAGCGAAAGACAAGGAUGACACGUUAUGCGACAUACUCGCAUCUGCGGCUUUCGAUAAAUAUCCGUCAGACUUUGAAAAUGCCACUGACGAGGAUAUCGGCAGUAUGCUGGAGGAAAUGAGCAAAAUCGCUGGGGCAUUAAGCCCUAAUUCGUGUCCUGAACGUACAAAAUCUAGUGGCUCCAGUAAGAAUCCCAUCGAAGAAGAGAAGUCUGUGGAAGAAUUAUUAGAAGAGGCUGAGAAGUUAGUCAGGGAAAAUUGUAACACCCUAUCGAAAAGUAUAUCGAAAUCUGAUACUCUAGUGCCAGAGAAUCAAGACGAAAGCCUGAACAGAGUAAGGCAACUGGAAGCUGACAUUUUUCAAUUAAUAGAGGAAGAAGUGCAUAAAGAAACAGAAAAGAUAAAGAGGAGUCCGAAGAACGAGAGGAGACGGGAGAACAGUCCAGGAUUUGAAAUCGUUUAUGAAAAUCUCAGUAGUUUGAGACCACCGAAAACGCUGGAAUUUCAAAGAAGAAAGUUCGAGGAACAGAAAGUCGAAAUAUCGAGCAGUUCCGAUUUGGACGACCCGAUUGAGAGGCAUUCCAAGUCCGAGGAACUGAAGAGCACGAAGAAAAUUGAAAUGGAUAAAGAGAAUCUGCAGAAGGAGAUCACGGACGUGGAUAAGGACUUUUUCGAAGAUUUGUUGAGAAGAUCUAAGGAGAAAGCGGAGGGCGGGAUGUCUGGUAGUUCCAGUUUCGGGCAGGAAGAUUUUUCGCAUUUCUUGAAGUUGCUUCAAGGGCAGAAUACAGACAAAACAGAGCUGGAAUCAAAAGAGUCUAACGCGAUGUAUGAUCUCUUUUUGAAAUCUACUAAUGGCGAGGUAUUAUCGACCAAGGAGAGUCAAUUAGCUAGUGGCAAAACCCCAGAAUUCCCAGAAAAAGAAUUUUCCGAGAUAUUAGGGAAGGAAUUACCGGCCAUUAACGGUGCACACAAAGAUCAUGAAAUUAAUGACAGCGAUUCCAGCAUGAGCGAAGGACGACAUAAAGAGGCACUGAAUUCUCUGUCAGGCGGGACAACAUUCUUAAAACAUUCUAGUAAUGAAUCUAAGAAGAUUAUAUCGAAAGUUACAGAGAAAGAAAGCAAUAAAAAUGUGACAGAAGCUAAUAAAAAGGCAGUUAAUCCUGAAAGUGAAUUGUAUACGGUAGGAUUGACGCCGAGAUUAGAAUUAUUCGCAGAUGCGAUACCCAAACUUAUGGCUGAAAAGUUAAAUGAAAAUGUUGCGAAAGAGAACGCGGAGAAAACGGAAAAAGCGGAUUCCGCGCUCAAGGAAUCUGCUUGUUCGGAAACAAAUGUAGACGCAAAAGUGGAAGAUUUAUAUGCCGCUAAAGUACCAAAGAUCUCAAAGAUGCAUCAUCAAGAAGCACCUGGCGUUUCGGGUAAAGCAAUAGAUGUAUCUAAAAUUGACCGUAUUGUUAGUGCACCGAGUAAUAACCAAUCGAAGAAAGAGAUAAGAUUCUGCAAGUCCAAGAGCUACGAUCAGAUAUGCCAGCCUCCCUUGAGAACCUCCCUCGAAAAUAUCAGAAUUAAUAAAGCUUUAGAUGUAUCUAAAAAACCUGUAAAUCCGGUUCCCAGAAAAUCAUCGAUGGUAAAGUCGAAAGUACAAUCCCGACCGAUUUCCAAAACCGCGCCGAAACCUAACUCGUCCUUAAGAUCAAAACUGGAGUCUGGAAUUAAAAUUGGCUCCACAUCCAGCUUACCAGCUGCGUCCCAGAUGAAAUCGCCCGACGCUUACAAGAAAAAUUUCAUGGCCGCCGGAGAUUCGAAGCAGAUCCCAAUAAAACUCGAUUGGGAGAUGUUAUGUCGCGAGGAGAGACACAAGAACAUGCUGCUGAAGCAACAGUUGGAGGCCGAGGCGAAGCUGUACAAGAGUCAAAUCGAGGACAUGCGUACGUCCUUCGAGGGAGAGCUGUUUGCCUUGAAGAAACAAAAUAUAAUCUUGAAGGCGAGAAUCGAUGAGGUCUCUCUGAACGAACGGCGCGUAGAGAUUCCUCCCAAAAACGACACGAAAAUCGCUCUUUUAGAACAAGAACUGGAGAAGCAGGAAAGCCUGAUCCGUGCUUAUGAGACCGAGAACAAGAAGCUAAUGCAAGAUACGAAACGUAUGCAAGAGGAAUUGAAGAAUUUACAGUCUAAGCAGAAGAGCACGAUAUCAGAAGCGAACGAUACGCAACAGCUCGCCGAUCGGGUGAAGGAUCUUCAGGAGGAGACGUUGAAGUUGAACCUCGAGGUGUCCGAGCUGAAGGAGAAGAAUGCCGAUUACUUGUUGAAGAACGACGAUCUAAUGCAACAGAACAGUUUGCUCGCGGACGAAUUGGAUAUGUUCAAGGAGCAGUUGAGAGCGAAGAAUAACUUUAUCACGGAUCGGCUGCAAGUGAUGACCACCACGGAGUUAGAACUUAAGAAACAGAUAGAAGAUUUGAGUAUCAAAUUGAGCUCCAAAUCGGAGCAAUUGCGAAUGACUAAACAGGAUUUGGACAAGUUUCAGCAGAACGUCCUGCCCUUGGAGAAGGAACUGCUGGAGCUCAGAGCUAGGGAGGGGAAUCUCCAGGAGAAAUUGCAGAUAAGCAAGAGCCACGUCGAGCGCGAAAAGCAGUUGACCCAGAGACUCAAGGAUCAAGUUAUUCUGGACAACAAGAAGGUCACAGACCUGAACAGACAAGUGCGCGAAUUGGAGCGUAUACUCAAGAGGAAGAACCCCGACUCAGUGUCGGCACUCAUACUGACCGCCAACUCGGAACAAGACAAGAUUGGUUCCGAGAAGGUAAAGCUUCUGGAGGAGAGAAUAGCGAGUCUCGAAAACGAGAUCAAGGCCAAGGAGGAUACCGCGCAGCAGAAUCUGGUUGACCUGCAGAAGAAAUUCUCUGACAUGAAGGAGAAGUACACGACGCAGGUGAUGGAGCUGGAGGCGAAACUGUUGGAGGCAACUACGAAGGAACACAAGUUGUACAAUGACAUGUUCACGCAAACGAUGAGAUAUGUCGAGAGCAAGAGUGUGGAGAAUAACAAGAAAGAUGACAAAGCUUCAGCCGUGGAAGAUAAGAAGGAAAAGAUGAAGGUUGGGCCGAAGUCUCAAAAUCCGAAGGAAGACGCGCAUCUCAUCGCCACUAUAAGAGGCUUGAAGCUGGAGAUCGCGAACAAGGAUAAAGCGGUCUCAAAAAUAACCAAGGAGUAUCAGGAGCUUCAAAAGACAAACCGGCGACUGCAGAAGGAGCGGGAGAAAUUGCUGAAUGAUCGUAGGAGCUUCAGAAGCAUGGAUUUCGAUAAGGCGUUCCGAGGACUGAAGAACGGCGAAGGAAAUGAUCAGAAUUCGAAUGUCUACCAGAACGGACAUGUUUCCGACUCGCAGAGACUGUCGUCGUCGACGCCAAAGUUGUACGAUCCGAUGCAGUACACGGAGAACGGCAAGAAUGGGGUUAUCAAGAAGUUGACCAACGAAAACGACAUCCUGAAGGAAGAGCUAAACAAAAUGAACAAGGACUUCAUGGCGCUGAAGAGUAAGAGACUGCACGAUUUGAAUCUCUUGCAGGAGGAACACGAGCGAGAGAUGGCCACUCUUGUGAAAGAAUAUAGCGUCAAGAUCGGAGAUUCUAAAGUGGUAAAGUUACAGGGUCAGAUUAAUACUCAGGGAGCAAUCAUAUCGCACUUGAAAGAACAGGUCGAGAAGUUCAGAGAUUAUAAGGAACAGGUGAUCAUGUUGAAGGCCGAAAGAGAGCACUUAGAGAAUAAAGUGAAAACGCUGACCGAGAAAGUCAAGUACUUAUCAACGCCGGGAACGGAACAAUUGCAAUUGCUGCAGGACAAGAUCACAAUUCUUCAGCAACGGCACGAGAGUAGAGAGAUGACCUUGCAGACGUUAAUUCGUGAUUUACUGAGGAAUCGAACGCAGUGUAGAGACUGUAGUAAGAACGAAAAGGGAAAGAAUCGGCAGCUUUGCUACUUCCGACAAGAACUCGAUCAUAUCUUAGGAAUGCUACAGGAGAUCGCUAACGUCCAUUGAUUAUCGCUGAAUCGAGAGAUUGUCCCUAAAUAGUCACAGCGCAUUUGUAUGGUUCUCGGUUCGUCAUCGAAUAUUGUGAUAAUUUUUACAAGACUAAGUAUUUGCGAUGUAGCUUAAAUAAUUCGAGAGAGUCAUUAGGUAUUUUAAGUGUCAAAGUAUAGGUGCGUAAACGCGUUCGUUCGCGACCCUGAGCCAAAUGUUUAGUCCAUACUUCCAUCAACUCUUCCAGAAUUGAUGAGAACUAUUAUAAAGUACGAUCUUCUUUCUUGCGUCCGUGACACCGUUUGUUCUGCGAGGUCAUCCAUCCGUACAGAGCUUGCAAAUGACUCGGUAGGCUCGGAUCACUGCCAAAGAGAGAAACGCUUACUGCGUAACUAACAGUAGCGUACAUAAUAACGAACGAACGAACGUACGAUUGAAUUACCUUUUUCAAUCUCUCUCCGUCGCCAAUUUUCUUGCCACGCGCGUGCAAUGUCUGUGAACACUGCCCGCUAUUAGCAUAAUCUAUUUUAUUGAAUCAAAAAUUAAUUUUUAGAAUAAGUCGUGCUUUUAGGAUUAGAUAUUUUUUAUUUAUUUAUUUAUUUAUUGACUCUGAAUAAAAUGGCACGGCUGCUUGCAACGUUUCUCCAAAUCGAUGUUGCUGCAGCUUGUUUUCUUCUUAUAAUUGUAUAGCAUGACAAUUGGACGGAGGAAAAAGAAAAUAGAUAUGUAAAAAUAUCUUCGUAAGGGUUUCUUCCAAAGUUAAAUGAUAUCUAGUUUUUUACGGAUAAUUUUUUUGGAAACUUUGCUGUACAUAUAUAAGCGUUAUAAGAGAUAAACCGCUAUAUUUAUUUCGGAUAAUACUCUACGUCGGUUUAUUCGCGAUCAACGAAGUUGACUAUAUCAUGUAUAUCGUAUCGUAAGUAUUCUAGUUUAUUACUAUUGUUGCCAAGCCUAGUUGGUGAUCUCGUCAAAUGUAGCCUUCUCUGUAUGCGUCGUAAUAAACGCAAGCACACCGCACAAAUCGAUGUAGCCGAGACUUGAGGACGAACAAUCAGAAUGCCUAUCUUUCGUAUUUUCUUCGCAAAAUCUGCAGACUCUUUGAGACAGUUAUCUUCCUGAGACUCGGUUACGUUGAAGUACACACAAUCACAUUCUUUUUCUAAAUAGAUUUAAGCUUGUCACUUGCAAUGUACAAAAUCCAAAAUUAUAACUUUAAUAAAUUUAAUCUUCUCGCUAAA